ACCCACCAGCCGCCACGCCGCGCUGCGCCGGGAAGAGACGCGGGAGGUUCACUCAACCCGACACGCCAAGGACUCGACGGCGAGGAUGAGGUGGCUGCCGGCGCUGACGCUGCUGCUGCUGGCGGCUCGCGCGCAGCAACAGGAGGACGACGACGACGCGGCGGGGACCCCGGAGGAGCCCUGCGACCCGGAGAUGGUGGGCUUCGAGCUCAUCACGGGCUACGUGUACUCGGCGCCCGGCGACCUGCUGGACUCGCUGCCCGGCACGCUCAUGCUCACCGACUGCCUGGAGACGUGCCAGGCCAACGAGAGCUGCCGCUCCGUCAACUACGAGACCGGCCUCUGCGUGCUGUUCGCCUCCGACGCCGACAUCUACCCCGGCGCCCUGUCGCGGUCGCAGUUCCCGGUGUUCACCAUCUACGCGCAGAAGCACUGCCUGACCGUGAAGCCGUGCGAGCGCGCGUGGUGCUUCGACCGCGUGCUGCGCCACCGGCUCAGCGGCCACGCCAAGAAGCAGCUGGCAGCCACGUCGCGCCAGGACUGCCUCGAGCUGUGCCUCGGCGAGCGGGAGUUCCUCUGCAGGUCCGCCAACUACAACAACAACACGGGCGAGUGCUCGCUGUCCGACAUGGACCGCGCCACGGUGGCCGGCUCGGGCAGCGGCGGCCUGCAGCCCUCCGACGACGGAGACGACUACCUGGAGAACCAGUGCGUGGAGCAGCCGAACAAGCUGUGCGAGUACAAGAAGCUGUCCGGCCGCAUCCUCAAGACCGUGGACAGCGUGUACCAGGACGUGGGCUCGGCCGACGAGUGCCGCGAGCUGUGCGUCAACUCGCCCUUCCGCUGCCGCUCCUACGACUUCGGCGACACGGGCGAGAUGGUGUGCCGCCUCAGCCACCACUCGCGCGCCACGCUCGCCGACAUACAGGACCCGUACCUGGACGUGCCCGAGGCGACGACGCACGAGCUCAGCUCGUGCUACAACGUGAGCAUCGAGUGCGGCUCGACGGGCAUGGCGGCGCGCAUCAAGACCACCAAGCUGUUCGACGGCAAGAUCUACGCCAAGGGCAGCCCCAACUCGUGCGUGGAGGACGUGCGCGGCAGCCUCGAGUUCGAGCUGCGCAUGCCGUACAACAGCGUCGACUGCCAGGUGAGGCAGCAGGGCCUGGGCCGGUACGUGAACGACAUCGUGAUCCAGAACCACGACGUGAUCGUGACCAGCUCGGACCUGGGGCUGGCCGUCACCUGCCAGUACGACCUGACCAACAAGAGCGUGGCCAGCGAGGUGGACCUGGGCGUCAAAGGGGAGGCGCGCCCGGCGCUCAGCGAGGAGUCGGUGGUCGAGUCGCCCAACGUGGCGAUGCGCAUCACGGACCGCCGCGGCGCCGACGUGUCCUCCGCCACCGUGGGCGACCCGCUGGCGCUCAAGUUCGAGGUGCUGGACAAGGGGUCGCCCUUCGAGAUCUUCGUGCGCGACCUGGUGGCGCUGGACGGCGUCGACUCGCACGAGAUCGCGCUCGUCGACUCGGACGGCUGCCCCACCAACCCGGACAUCCUGGGGCCCGUCUACCAGGCGGAGAAGGGGAUCCUGCUGUCGCACAUGGACGCCUUCAAGUUCCCGUCGUCGGACGUGGUGCAGUUCCGCGCGCUCGUCACGCCCUGCAUGCACGCCUGCGAGCCCGUCGACUGCAGCCUCGAGGACCCGGCCGGCGAGCUGCGCAGCGUCGCCUCGCUGGGGCGGCGGCGCCGGCGGCGGGCCGCCCCCGAGGGCAGCGCCGACAUGCUGCUCGUGCAGGCCAUCCGCAUCACCGACAAGUUCGGCUUCGACCCGCAGCAGCAGCAGCGCGGCGGAGGCGGAGGCGGCGGCUGGAACACGUCCUCCGCCGCCGCCGGGGGCAGCGCCGUGUUCGAGGCGGCGCCCGCGCCCGCCUCCUGCUUCAGCGCGCCCGCCGUCGCGGCGGCGGGGGCCGCCUUCCUCGCCGCCGAGCUGGCCGUGCUGUUGGCCUGGGGGCUGACGUGGCGCCGCCGCCGGCGGGAGCUCAAGUGCGGCGGCGGCGGCUCGCUGGGCGCCGCCUCCAUGGGCGCCGCGGCGCUCAGCAGCGACUCGCUCAGCAAGCUGUACGACUCGGGGUUCGCGCGCCGCUUCUGA